AUUAGCAACAUUGACGAUGCGGAAUAUCAUUGCAACAAAACACAAGUGCGUAAAGUCAUUUCGGGUGUGGUGGGCGCUGCUUCAUCGGUGACUUCUAUACAAGUGGCCAAUUUGCUGCGACUUUUUCGUAUACCACAGGUAUCUUUCUUCUCUACCAGCCCUGAGUUGAGCAACAAGCAACGCUUCGAAUAUUUUUCGCGUACCAUUCCCUCAGAUCACUACCAAGUCAAGGCGAUGGUGGAUAUUGUGAAGCGCAUGGGUUGGAGUUAUGUCUCCAUUAUUUACGAGGAGAGCAACUAUGGCAUAAAGGCUUUCGAAGAGUUGGAGGAGCUUUUGUCACGUCAUAAUAUCUGCAUCGCUGUCAAGGAGAAACUUGUCAAGGAUUCCGGUGUCGCCGAGGAGAUUGCAUAUGAUAAUAUUGUGCAAAAGCUGCUAACAAAGCCACGUGCACGAGGUGCCAUCAUAUUCGGCUCCGAUCAGGAAGUGCGUGAGGUAAUGCGCGCUGUGCGGCGCAAUAAUGCGACUGGGGCAUUUUCAUGGAUCGGCUCGGAUGGUUGGAGUGCGCGCAACCUGGUCUCCGACGGCAAUGAACCGGAGGUGGAAGGCACUUUAUCCGUGCAGCCACAAGCAAAUCCCGUGAAAGGAUUCGAAGAAUAUUUUCUGAAUUUAACUGUGGAGAAUAAUCAACGAAAUCCGUGGUUCGUAGAAUUCUGGGAAGACCACUUCCAGUGUCGCUAUCCGGGUAGUUCUAGCACGCCAUACAACAACUACAAUCGCACAUGCACAACCAACGAGCGCUUAUCGAAGGACACCGACUUUGAGGAUCAGUUGCAGUUUGUUAGCGACGCAGUAAUGGCAUUUGCAUAUGCGCUACGCGAUAUGCAUCGCGAUUUGUGCGGAGGUCGACCUUCGCUUUGUGAUGCCAUGAAACCAACCAAAGGCGCUGAUUUACUUAAAUACUUGCGAAAAGUGCAAUUUCAGGGUCUUAGCGGUGAUCACUUUCGCUUCGAUGUGAAUGGUGACGGCCCCGCUCGCUACAACAUCAUUCAUUUCAAGCAGUCAGAGGCAGGUCUUUACCACUGGGUAAAAGUGGGUGAAUACUACGAGGGCGAGUUGCGGUUGAAUAUGUCAGAAGUCCAAUUUAAGCUGUUGCAUCCAAAGCCACCUGAGUCCGUCUGCAGUUUGCCCUGCGAGCGUGGACAGGCCAAGAAGUAUGUGGAGGGUGAGAGCUGCUGUUGGCAUUGCUUCAAUUGUUCCACCUAUCAAAUACGCCAUCCCCUCGAUGAGACUCAGUGCCUGACUUGCCAGCUGGGCACUCUGCCCGAUGCCACCAAACAAUUCUGCCAGACAAUACCGGAAGUAUACUUGCGGCACGAAUCCGCCUGGGCGAUUGGUGCAAUGGCAUUCAGUGCCACUGGUAUUUUAGUGACGCUUUUUGUUGUCGGUGUUUUUGUGCGCCACAAUGAUACGCCUAUCGUACGCGCCUCUGGUCGAGAGCUUAGCUACAUUUUACUCGCUGGUAUAUUGAUGUGCUAUGCCGUUACAUUCGCUUUGGUACUAAAGCCCACGAAUAUAGUUUGUGCAAUACAGCGCUUCAGCGUCGGCUUCUGCUUCACCGUUGUCUAUGCGGCGCUGCUCACCAAAACCAAUCGGAUUGCGCGUAUCUUCAAAGCCGGCAAGCAAUCAGCGAAGCGGCCAUCUUUUAUUAGUCCGAAAUCACAAUUGGUCAUUUGCUCGUUUCUAAUAUUCAUACAAAUUCUCAUUAAUGGCGUUUGGAUGGUGAUUUCACCGUCGCACGCCAUGUACCACCAUCCGACACGCGAGGAUAAUUUGCUCGUCUGUGAUUCUUACAUCGAUGCUUCCUACAUGAUUGCAUUCUUCUAUCCCAUCGUUCUGAUUGUAAUUUGCACGGUUUAUGCGGUGCUCACACGGAAAAUACCCGAAGCAUUUAACGAGUCCAAACAUAUUGGAUUCACUAUGUAUACCACUUGUGUCAUUUGGCUGGCCUUUGUGCCACUUUAUUUCGGCACAGGCAAUCAUGUGCCGCUGAGAUUAACUUCAAUGUCAGUGACAAUUAGUUUGUCGGCGAGUGUCACCGUGGCGUGUUUGUUCUCACCGAAGCUCUACAUAAUACUCAUACGACCCGAACGUAACGUACGACAAAGCAUGAUGCCACCACGCUACGGCAACAUGCAUCGCACUGCCGGCACCGGUCCGUCUUCCAUGAUGGCUGCAGCUGUGGUGACAGCAGCCACUUGUGCGCAAGAGGAGAAGAUACAAAAGCAUAUCACACCAACGAAUACAGAGCACAGCACCAAAUCGAAACAACUUUGCGAGAUGGCCACACAGACCAUCACAAUAACGAAUAUACUCACAAAUUUAGAUAGUAUCGCUUACAGUCAGAUCCCCUAUGCGGAUCAAUGUGUGCCAAAUAACAAUCAUCAAGAACAACAACCACUAUCCCACGAAACCACAAGCGAAGCAGAAGUGGUGGCUAAUAAUAAUAAAAUCAAUCAGCUGCAACAUGGCAACCCCAGUAUUCUAGCGCAUGCAACAUCAGCUACAACAACAGUAGCAACAGCAGCGACAUCGGGAACACCGCCUGCAGCAUCGUCAGCGACAGUUAUCGCAGUAAAUAGCCCAGUAACAUCACCACCGCCAUUGCAUGCGCUCAGCAACCACGUAAUGUUGCAGCAACAUGUUGCGCAGCAAAAUUGCAGCAGUAACGUAAGCACAACUAGUGGCAGCAAUAUGCUGCCCUCCAACGAAAUCAGCAAAACGCAAUUUGCCACAACGAAUUUAUAGCUAAACGAGCAAAAUAUCACGGCUAUCAACGCAGACGCCGUCGCCUCCUUCGCCACCAGCAGCGCAGCACAAAAAGCAAUAAGUGGCUGUGGUAGCUGCGCUGCUGCUGCUGAGGCGCAACGGAAAUGUGGCAGCUGCAGUGAAAGUCACAAGCACAAUAACAACAACGAUAGCAAUAAUGCUGCCACCCAACAAGCGAUCACUACCAGCAACAACAACAGUGACGGUGGUGGUGGAGGUGGUGGUGGUGGUAACAAUUGCUCCACAACCGACACAAUGAGCGCCACUACAGUCACCAGCAAAAGGGGGAACAGCAGUAGCAAUGGUCAAACCACCAUCAAUGCCGGCAGUGGCAGCGUGAAUGCUUCCAGUAGUAAAAAGCGCUGUGCCAUCCCCGUAUGAGAGUGCGCGGAUGUGCCGAAGGCGCUUGGGAGUGUAUGGGAAAAAAGAAAGUCAUUUUCAUGAGCAUUUCGCAAGGUACAUACACACAUACAUAUAUGAAUACACACGU